AUGAGAUCACCCUUAUGGAAGCUAGUUUUGUUAGUAUUCCUGUUUGUAAUAUUUUGGGAUAAAUUAAAAUCUCAUAAAAGCAGCAAGGGGACGGAUGUUGGUAAUCAAGCGCCUCCUGAUAUUUCAGAGGGGGAGAAGGAAGACAUUAUUAAGGAAUUUGCUGAAUAUGAUUUAAAUAGAGAUGGCUUAAUUGACGCAGAAGAAAUUUUGAGAGUCUUAAAAAAUAUGAAAAAAUCAGACUUUGUUAAUUUCUUUACUGAGGUAGAUUCUAAUUCUUCGGGAACAAUUUCACUUAAAGAAUAUAUGAUAUUUAUAAGCUCAAACUAA